AAAUAACAAAAAAAAACCAUUCCACUGUUAGCCAAGCUGCGACGCAGCUCAAGGACUGUCAAGGGAGGCCAUAACAGCAGCUGGCAAAAAUAUUGACAGUUUAUCAAGCAACGAAACUCGGGAUUUGCUGUUGUUGUGACCAUAGCUGAGUAACACCGGUUAGGAUUGGAAGGUGCAGCCGAGCUAGGGUGUAGUGAAGUCGGGGAGAGGAGGAGGAGGGGAGGGUCCGGACAGGAGAAAAACAAAGAUGUCUGUGUAGUUCAACUAGGCAAAUCCUAGCGACCUGUCUGAACAUCUCUCAGAUUUUUUUCUCCAAAACUGACACGUCCCGGAGGUCCAGUGGAUAGCGAGCUGGCAACAGGGGGGAGAGAAAAAAACCCGUUUACCGACCAGCCGAACCGGGCCGUUAUGAACGGCCGCUCAUGCGCUGUCACGGCAAAUAACUGCGACUUGACAACACAAAAACAUCUCUGACGGGUUGUUUUGUUCUAGCUAGACGAGGGCGAGGACCGGACUGUUUUUGUGAGCUUGUUAGCUAUAGCAUGUAGCUAGCUGAAUAUAUUCGUUAAAACUGCCAGUCAACAGCGCUACAGUUCUAUACGAAAACGACCAUCAAAAAAAAAUAUAUAUUUUGGAAAAUUACUAAAACGUCCGUUUGUUAAAUUCAACGCGUAUUGCGCAACAUUGCUUACUAACUAGCUAACUAGCUAACUCACUAGCUAACGUCCAUUCCAGCUGUCCUGGCUUUCUCUUGCCGAGCCUGGGGUCGCUAAAUCUGCCAGCUAGCUAACAGGUCGCUAGAUUACGCCUGACAAACACCACCACCAUGUCCUCGAUGGAAGAGCGUGGUGAGGUGGGCGUCGCGGCGGCUCCAGGCUCCUCAGGCGGCCUGGGGGUUGGUGCGGUGGGGGCAGCUCUGGACACAGUGGUCGGUGGGCCGUCAAUGCAAGAGGAGGUGGGCUUCCGAAGAGGAGAGGGACUCGGGCCCGAUUCGGACCCGGACGAGCCGCCGCCCAAGAAGCGGAUGAGAUUGCCGGAGGGAGAGUCGGGAAAGCUGGAAGAGAGGCUGUAUUCAGUGCUGUGCUGCACGGUGUGUUUAGAUCUGCCCAAAGCCUCCGUUUAUCAGUGCACCAACGGUCACCUGAUGUGUGCUGGUUGUUUCAUCCACCUGCUGGCUGACUCUCGUCUGAAAGAGGAGCAGGCCACGUGUCCUAACUGCAGGUGUGAGAUCACCAAGUCUCUGUGUUGUAGGAACCUGGCUGUAGAGAAGGCUGUGAGUGAGCUGCCCACAGACUGUCCCUUCUGUCUCAAACAGUUCCCUCGCUCCAGCCUAGAGAGGCACCAGAAAGAGGAGUGUCAAGACAGGGUGACGCAGUGUAAGUAUAAGCGGAUUGGCUGCCCAUGGAAGGGACCGUUCCACGAGCUACCGGCCCACGAGGAGGAGUGCUGCCAUCCCACCAAGACUGGCACAGAGCUGAUGGGCAUCCUGGGGGAGAUGGACCAGAGCCACAGCAGAGAACUAACCCUUUACAACUCUAUAUUCUCCCUGCUCUGUUACGAGAAGAUAGGCUUCACAGGUAGGCUAGAGGUCCAGUUCAGGCCGUACCGGACAGAUGACUUCAUCACCCGUCUGUACUAUGAGAGUCCUCGUUUCACCGUGUUGAACCAGACCUGGGUACUGAAGGCCAGGGUCAACGACUCUGAACGCAACCCUAACCUCUCCUGCAAACGCACCCUCUCCUUCCAACUCAUCCUCAAGAGCAAGGUGAACUCGGCUAUAGAGUGUUCCUUCCUGCUGUUGAAAGGUCCGUAUGACGACGUGAGGAUCAAGCCUGUGAUCCACCAUCACGCGUUCAGCAACGACACCAACGAGACAGACUACGUUCCCCUGCCCAUCACCGACUCUGUGGAGUGUAACAAACUACUGGCCGCCAAGAACAUCAACCUUCGACUCUUCAUCUUCCAGAUCCAGAAAUAGACAGACGAGGAGGAGGAGGAGGGAGAGGACCGAGAGAGACGUGUAGAGGACAUGAGAGAGAGAAGUUUGAGUUUAAAGUGAGACACCACUGAUACCUCUUUACACACACACACACACACACACACACACACACACACACACACAGCCCACUAGACCACAUAUUGAGAGAGUUAGGGAACCCCACCAUUUCAGGUGCUGCUUUUAGUGUUGCUUUGGAGACCGGAUGGUGUUGCUAGGGGAAUUCAUCUGUAUGGACUGAGGAAGUUGUUACUAUGGGGGUGUUAGGGGAGAAGGGGUUGUCGCUAUGGAGACAGGAUGGUGUACCCGUGGAGUUGAGUCGGUCUGACCUUUCACCCUUUGACCCCAGAGCCAAAGGUAGCUCAUACCCACCAAAGCAGGAUGAACCAUACGAGAGUGUGUGUGUGUGUGUGGUAUGAUACUCUGAGUAAAUGUGUGUGCGUAUGUGUUCCAAAGAUGUGAAUGUGAACUCUGUUGACCACUCAGCUAGUCUGUCCUAUAGAAUGGAAGUUUGGGUUACUUGUAUACAUACACUCUGACCUGCUCCUCAAAAGUUAACUUAUACCUCCUUUUUUUUUUAAAUUAAUUUUUAACCCUGAAUAUUUAAAUUCCUUUGAACAUAGCCUUUUUUGCGCUCGCGUGUGUGUGCACGGUGUUGCUCGCGUGUGUGUGCACGGUGUUGCUCGCGUGUGUGUGCACGGUGUUGCUCGCAUGUGUGUGCACGGUGUUGCUCGCGUGUGUGUGCACGGUGUUGCUCGCGUGUGUGUGCACGGUGUUGCUCGCGUGUGUGUGCACGGUGUUGCUCGCGUGCGUUUGUGUUGAGACAGAUACAUUUAGGGCCCUAGUGAUCACAUCCCUAUAAACAGAUACUUGCAUGGCCACACACACACACACACACACACAACACACAACACACAACACAACACACACACACACACACACACAAUCAACAGACCUCUUAGGCUCAGAAACCAACAUCUGUGUAUGUAUGUUUGUGUGGACUCCUCCUUCUGCUCUGGUUGGGCCGUGCUAGAACCGGAGAACCCAGAACCCUGAAACGGACCUGAAUGGAACCCCAGCAAGUGUGACAGACUGGGUUUGAAUCCGGUUUGUCUGCGUGCCACAAGACCGUGUUAGUCCUCUAAGCUAAAGCCUAGGGCAUUAUCUUCGGGAGGUUCCCCUGUAGUAGGGGGGGUUCCCCUCCGGAAGAUGGAAAAGAGAACCUGAACGGUCCACCGGGUCAACCCUGUUUCACAGGACUAAGGGCUCGAUUCCAUCAGAUCCGCUUUAGCCAACAUCUGCAGAGUGGUUGUUUUGGCGGUCAAAUUCACAAGUAAAGCCGGACAUUCCCAUUGGCUGCACGGCGUCACAUGACCAGGAAUCCCAUGCAGCCUUGUUUACAAGUUCACCACUGGAAUGUGAGAUGUAGUCUACACUUUGAUUUAGGGAUGAAUGAAAUCCUCAUUUAGUUGAAUGAUUUUUUAAAAAUUUGAGCAUAAAUAUUUCCAUAUAGCCUAUACGUUCUCGUUGUGAACUUCUGCAGCGAGUGCGGCAGGUGUGGUUUCCUGACGAUGAUCACAAGAACAGCUGCUCAGCGAUUUUUUUUUUUGAUGGCUCAAACUGAAGUCCCACCGCCAAAACAUCCACUAUGCUGGUGUCUACUGUCGCCGGUUAACUCAUGAUCUGAUUGUCUAGACCUAGCUCAUGACUCUGGUUUUAAAUGGGGAGAAUCCUGGAUGGGACCUUUCACUUUGGGAACUGGUCAUUUGUGUGUGUGUGUGAGGGGGGGGGGGGGGGGUGCGUUACUAUGGUGACGUGUUUAGAGUGUUAGAGUUACUUGAAUGAUGCUGAGAUGACGAUGUUACUAAAAAGUAGAAUCUACUGUGAUGGCUCUGUCUCUCCUCCUGGCCUAUUUAGGUUGAGUAUUUCUAUAGAUCUGACUCCUCCGGGCCUAUCUAGGUCUUGUAUUUCUGUGUUUUAAUGCUUUUUCGUCUCUAUGCCAAUAGACUCACUGACUCAUCUCACUAUGGCUGUACAUGUGCCUUUUAUUAAAGAUCAUGGAAACUGAGAA